UCUUGGAUUUUCAAAGAUUUGCUCUGGUGCGGAAAGGUGACAGCUCUGUGGUUAGGACAGAGAUUAAAAUGAAUACAGCAGCCCUUCAACACUGCAAGACAUGCUGGAGAAGUUUGCUGACUUGUGCAAAAACAUCAGUAAGAUGUCAGAGUUCAGUCUGAUAAAAAAUGCACUUAUGUAAGGAGUGCAGUGUAGCGUUGGAAUGGGAGCAACAAAGAAAUAAAAAACCAAAGGUUAAUUCUGCUUCACUUGUGAUCAGCUUAAUAUGAAGAAUGUGACUUUUUCCUCCAAUUUUUAAAAUAAAAAUAUAAAACACCCUUCAUAAAUUAGACAACAAAGCAACUUCUGCAGACUUUGUUAUCCUUUGUAACUGAGAGGUUGUUUUCUUCACUACAUGUCUGCACACAGCUCACAAGCUCCAACAAGCUAUUCAUGAGCUAGUCCAACCGGUUUUUAGUCAUGCAGAGGGUGUUGUAGAAUCUGCAGCUUGAUAAGCUGUCACACUGCAUACAAUGGAGGCUGUGCAGACUGGCUGUUAAAAUGUGCCUGAAUACCUGAUUUCUUAAAGUAUUUUUUUUUUUACCUGGAGACAGAUUCUAUCCACUGACCUUUGUAGAAAGCUGGGGGUUGUUCAGUUGGUAGGAACUAACGGAGGUAUAAAAAGAGAAGACCAGAGAAAAUGGACAUCAAUACGGAGGACACAGAGAUCAUCACCUUACCAGAGCUCAGGAUUGUGAUCAUUGGUGGGAGAUGGGGUGGAAAGAGUUGUUCUGGAAACACCAUCCUGAGAAAGGAAAGGUUUGAGUGUGGCCGAACCAGAACAAUUCAGUCUGAAGUGAGACAUGGAGUGGUGGAGGGCAGGAAGCUCACUGUGGUGGAUGCCGCCGGAUGGAGCAGCUCUCUUUCCCUCACUGAGAUCCCAGAGGGGGACAAGCAAAGGUUCAAACUUAACCCGUCCAAGUGUCCGCCCGGACCGAAUGCUUUCCUCCUUGUUAUUCCAAUAGAUUCUGCUUUCUCUGUGGAGCAAAGGAAAAUUGUGGAGGAUCACAUGAAGCUCCUGGGGGAGCGGGUUUGGCGAUACACCAUGGUGCUGUUCACCUGUGGGGAUUUCCUCGGUGGGAAGACGGUAGAACAGCACAUCGAGAGCGAGGGGGACUCCUUGAAGUGGGUGAUAGGAAGGUGCAAGAACAGGUACCAUGUGUUUAAUAACAAGGAGAAAACCAACACAUCUCAGGUCUCCCUACUGCUGGAAAAGAUAGACGAGAUGGUGUGGCACAACAACGACAGUUACUACGAGAUAGACGAACAGACUUUUAAGAUCAUCAGAGAGAAGCAACAAGAGGUGGCUGAAAGGGCACGAAAGAGACGGACAGGAGUGGAAGAGCAACGACAGCACAUGAUGACACUCAUUCAAGAAGAGAAGAAAACCGCCUCGAAGCUCCAGAUGAUUCUCUUGGGAAGCCGCAGUGUUGGGAAAACCUCAGUGGGGAACACCAUCCUGGGAUUCAAAGAGCAAGAAGAUGCAAAAAGAACGGCGCAGUCAGUGGCCCGGCGGGGUUUUGUGGGUAAAACUGAAAUAACUCUUGUUGACACGCCAGGUUGGUGGAAAGGCUUCCCUGCGUUUGACACUCCUGAAGCAAUCAAAGAGGAGGUGAUGCGCAGCAUGUUUCUGUGCCCCCCUGGGCCUCACGUCUUCCUGCUGAUGAUAGACGCAGACGCAUCCUUCAAUGGCAAACUCUUAGAUGCAGCAACGACACACAUGGAGCUUCUCGGAGAAGGAGUUUGGAGACACACCGUCAUAGUCUUCACCAGAGGAGACUGGCUGGGAACACACACCAUAGAGGAAUACAUCGAGGGCGAAGGGGAGGCCUUACAGAGACUAGUUGAACAAUGCGGGAACAGAUACAACGUCCUUAAUAACAAGGAUGCAAAUGAUGGUACACAAGUCACAGAGCUGCUGGAGACAAUCACCGGCACUGUGGCUGGAAACGGUUGGAAGCAUUUUGUUCCAGAUGAGCAGAUAUUUCUGACCAUCGAAGAGAGAAGAAGGCGAGUGGAAGAGGCAGCGACGCUCAGGCAAAGUCAAAUCAAGGCCAGAAGAACAUCCCUCAGAGAGUCCAGUAAUAAAUUGCAGGAGAUGAAGAUCAUGAUGCUUGGCCAGAAGAGAUCCGGAAAAAGUGCAACAGGAAACACCCUCCUCCGUAAACAAGUGUUCGACACCUGUCCGAACGAGCAGUGUCAGGUGGAGGUGGAGGAAGUAUCCGAUCAACUGGUCACAGUGAUCGACACUCCGGGCUGGUGGAAGGAAACCUCUCGCUGCACCGAAGACAUGGACAAAGAAAUUGUCCGAGGUCUGUCACUGAGCCCGCCUGGGGUUCAUGCUGUUCUCCUGGUGGUUCCUUUAGACCUGAGGUUCAGACAAGCUCAGCUGGCUGCCCUGGAGGAUCACAUGAACCUUUUUGAUGAAGGUAUCUGGAAACACACCAUGGUUCUGUUCACAUACGGAGACAACCUGGAAGAUAAAUCUGUAGAGGAGCAUAUCGAGAGGGAGCACAGCGCUCUCCGCUGGCUGGUGGACAAGUGUGAGAACAGGUAUUACACCAUCAACAAUAUGAAGAAAGCUGAUAUGACUCAGGUAACAGAGCUGUUUGAGAAGGUAGAAGAAAUGGUGGCGGGAAACAGCGGCCAGCUCUUCUGCCCUGACAUGAAAGACGUCCACCUGAGGAUUGAUGAGAAGUUCAAGAAGAGGGAGCUGAAACAUGUGCUGAAGAAGUCGCUGGAGCAGGAGUACAGGAGGAGGGAGCUGGAGCUGAUGAUCAGCUUCAAGGAAAAACUCCUCGAGCUGCAGGCUGACAUCAGGGAAAGUGUGGCAAGCCAAAGACCCAGGACACUGAUUGACAAGAACAAAAUCAAAGCCAAAGGAAUUGGUCAGAAGAAGAAAGAUGAAAAGGAGGAAAAAGUCGACGCAAAAAUCAACAGGGAAAUCGAGAAGCUUGACAAAGACAUACUGACAUCCACCAUUCUUCUUCGGAACAGCAAGGAGUUCUUACUUCCUGACUUGAAAGGAGAGAGCUCAGCACCCAGCAACUUUGACAAAGUGUUGAAUUGGAUAUCCUCACUUAAGAUUGGCACAAAUACGGAGAGCCAGCUGACCCUGAACUUCUCUGAAACGUCAGGAUACGCAUCUAUCUACGACUUUAACAAGGACAUGGACAUGCCUAAAUGAAAAGUUUCAAUGGACUGAUUCAUUGAAAAUUUAAUGCAGUAAGUGCAAUAAUGGAAUUUUUGAAAUCAACAUCAGGAAAGCAUAACACAGUAGAAAUAUGACACAGUACUUAAUGGGCAGCAGUAACAGGAUGUAGCUUGUCGAUGAACUGUUGAGGCGUCCUGGAUCAGUUCGAUGAAUCUGGGUAAAGAGCUGCUUGCAUUUGACUUAUUAGCACUGUUGAGGUACCUUUGGGCAAGGAACUAAACCCUCAGCUGUUUCAGUGUGUUCCUGCAAAGGAGAAUUUGUGCAUAGCCAAACUGCACUACUAAUAUUCUUGUAAAUAUUACACUCAUGUGGCUACUUAUUCAAAAAAGUUACAAAGGGUUAGACACGCUAAACUACAGUUUAGUUCUAUCUGGAAAGCUGAUCCCAAAGAACAAAAUCAAUUGAAAACAUGGAGGAUUCCUAAAGAAGGAAGUUUUAAACGACUCCAUGGUCUCAUCCUGCCUCAUAUCCUCAGGCCAGGUGUUAAAGAGCCUGAGGGCUUUUAUUCUGAAAGGUCUGACCCCCUUUGAAAACCAUCCUACACUUACCUUCAAAGUUUUGUCUUUGUUUUUACUACACUGACGCUUAUUCGGAAUAUCAAAUAAGGAACAUAUAGAAUUAUCAGGUGAGCAAAAAAACAAACGUAAACAAGCCCAAAUAGUAAGAGUCAGACCGCUUAGUGCUAUAAAAGUAAUUAAAAAUCAAUUCUAAAACAUACUGGAAGCCACUGUAAAACUUUGGGUUCUGUUCUGCAAAAAACCUGUUUAGCAAUCCAAGCAUGAAAGGGGACAAAAGCAUGCAAAGUCAUUUCUGUCUCUAAAAUUCAAAACAGGUCAUACUCUGCUGGUGCUUCUUAGUUGGUAAAAAGUUGUUUGUGCAAGUUUUGCAAUGUGCUGCUCAAAGCUGAAGUCAGAAUCAAAGCCGACAACACCAUCUAAUUUAUUCAGACAGGUAACUAAUACAGUAGAUGCAGUGCUCAAUCUUAAUAUUACUGGAGGCACUUACUUGGAUUUCUGUAUCAUUGGAGUUCAAAAGAUGGUAUUUUUGGACAUCUAAUUUCACACAUCUCCUGAGCACUCAGUGGGGUGAAUCGGGACAUGAAAUUUUGUGUGAAUGAUAGAUUGGGGAAAUAGCAGGUCUUUGAAAUCACAUUUGAAGUCCCAAAAUGGAGAGAUAAUGUUGUUAAUGGUGGCAAAAAAAUGUUCUUACUCAAUGAUAAAAUCUUAGGUUGCUCAUAAAUAUCUCUGUGACGCCAUCCAUAGAUUUCUUGACCGAUGUUUUUGAGCUCAGUGUGGUAUGUAAUCAUCUUGGCACGUCUUCUGACCCCUGACUAAUCCCAAAAUAAGAAAAUAAUUGGAGCAUUAAUGGAGCUGAGGUGUUCCAUUCAAACAUAUCUGGACUAUGAACUGGGACUGUAAGCAGCCGUAAGCUUAAUUAUUCUUAAUUUUAAGUCUUAAUACAAUUCAAAUGGGUGAGUUGUAUAAAACCUCAACGCACAUAUUGUUGUCAUGAAUGGGAAAAUUAGCUAUAGAGACCAAAACAGCUUUUAUACCAGGCUGUAAACAUAUUAAAAUCAGUUGUAAAGUCAAGCAUUUUAACAUUGUGGCCAAUGGGGAUUGACUCAUUUUUCAAGCCAGUCUCAAGUGGGCAUUUGAGGAACUGCAGCUUUUAGCACCUGGCUUGAUUUUAUUUGGCCUCGUAAAUUGAGUCUUGGUAUUAACGAAAACCAGAUUGUAAAGUUUAAAUAAGGUUAAUUUCUUUCACAGCAGCAAGGAAAUGCUUGGCUGAAUUUUUAAUUUUUCAAGCGUUUUUUGGAGAUAACUGCCAGUUUUUUCAAAAUAUGUGGAUAAUUUUUGAGACUUUCAGUUUUGGACUGAAGAAGGCUGCAAGACGAGAGGUAAAACAUCUCCAGGAACUUUAAAAAAAUGAAAGAAAUUCAGUUGCUUUUUAUGGAAUCUUGCAGGAUUAUCAUGACCUGGAUGACUUAGAAUCUACACACACUUCUUCACUACGUGACUCAUGAAAGUUAUGAACUCACGUCGCAAUUAGCAUUUAUCUGCAGAACUUGGAAAAAUAAAUGGACCAAAAAGGACUCCUUGCUGUUGCGAUAGAAAAUAACCGUAUUUAAACUGGGCAACCUACAUUUGAAAGAAAUCUUGGCGAAAGCUUCACUUUAGAUUUCUGAUUAGUGGCAGAGAAUUGUUAAUAACUGAGAGCAUCACAUUGAUUUAAAAUUUCUUGGUAUUAGGUUUAUUAGACCAGAGAACACCUUUAUAUGAGACAUUAUAUGAAAUUGUUCACUAAGCACUAAGUCAGGAUGAAAUGUCUCUUGGUGUCUCAUUCUGAAGAAUCCGUGUAAUUAAAGUGGUACAAGGUAUUAUAUUAACAUAAUAUUAACAUUAUAGUAACUGAUAACACUCCGCUUUCCCUGUGAAGUGGGUAAAAGAGUUUUAACAGGCAUAAAAUGGUAGAUAAGAUUCCAUCUUUCUUAAAUAUACAACAUUUUUGUACAUUUAUUCACUGUGUCAAACAUUUGCUGAUUCAGUCUGGUGGUAAUUUUGUGGGAUGUGGUAUAAUAUGAGGCUUUAACCUUAAAUACUUUAUUUAAGCUGUACACAUUUGUAAACUUAAUAUCCAUGUUUUUACUGUUAACAAAAUAAAAGUUUUUGGUUGGAAAAAGUUGAUGUAAGAUAUAAUACUGUAUAAUAUAUGCAUUAAGCAGGAACAUAUAUUGUCUUUAUAGUAGCUCAGGUGUAUUAUUUGUUGUAAUUAUACAUUUUUAAUGGAGAAAAGAUUGUAAAUCUGACGUGUAAACUAUUUCACUGUGAUUCAGUUUUAUUUAGUUUGCUAGAAAUAACAAUCCACAGCAAAGAGAAGACAAUCCGAAAACAGUCUCAUUGGAUUUGUAUUCACGUAGAAGCUGCAGAAUUUCCCCACUGAGAUGAAAAAAUGUAUCACUCAAUGUAAUUUGUAUUUCUAUUUUCAAAAGGAAAGAUUAAAUCUUUGCAAUUUAAUGCCAGACUGCACUUGAAGUUUUCCCACAGUGAAAAAAAAUCACUACACCUGACUAAUUUAAUAAGAAAAUGAAGCCCAGAGUCGGGCUCAGAGGUACAAAAAUAAUGGUGGUUCUUUACGCUUUGACAUUUUGAGCUUGAUAAUUAAAUAUCCUGAAUGCCAUGUAACUUAUUAGACAGUUCCUGCUUGUUCUUGUUCUUCUUCUGCUAAAGCAAUAAAAAUAAAAAAAUG